CGAAUGCACUUACAGAAUGGAUGUUGAAAAUGUGGCGCACAUUUCUCGGCAACAUUAGAAGUCUGGUAAAAGUAUUGAUUUGAAGGAAAGACGAGCAGAUUCUGGGGUCAGUGCUCUAAAAUGAGUCUCUCUGGGGAGAGAGAGGAGGGGGCACCGCCUCUAAAAUGAGUCUCUCUGGGGAACAUGACACCAAAACUAAGAGACCAAUCCAACAGGAGAGACCAGCCUCCCCUGUUCCCAGCUGUGUGUCCAUGAAGAGUGAUAAGUCUAUGAAUCCUCCUCUAACCUUUAGAGAGGGAGACUUUUCUACUGAACAAAGACCAAUCCAGCAGGAGAGACCAGCCUCCCCUGUUCCCAGCUGUGUGUCCAUGAAGAGUGACCGGUCUAUGGAUCAACCUAUAUACUUUAGAGAGGGAGACUUUUCUACUGAACAAAGAAACCGACAGGAGAGAUCAGAGUCAGAGAUUCUCAGUGGUCGGUCUUCCCAGAGUCAUCAAACAGACCUGGACUCCAUAUUCAGUAUGCUUGAAGAGAAAAUUAUUAGAUUUGUGAAGAACGAGCUGAAGAUGUUCAAGAGGAUUCUUAGUCCAGAACUCCCAGAAGGCAUUGAGAGUCAGAAGCAGGAUAAGGAGGUGGUGGAUGCUGAAGAUGAGAAGCAGGAGAGCAGUGCCAGAGAGGGGGCUCUGAAGAUCACACUGCACAUCCUGAGGAAAAUGAACCAGAAGGAGCUUGCUGACACACUGGAGAAAAAUUCAGAUGAUCCUGAUGUGAUUUGCCAACGUGAACUCAAAUCUAAUCUAAAGAAGAAGUUUCAAUGUGUAUUUGAGGGAAUCGCUAAACAAGGAAACCCAACACUUCUCAAUAAGAUCUACACAGAGCUCUACAUCACAGAGGGUGGAACAGGAGAGGUCAAUAAUGAACAUGAACUGAGACAGAUUGAGACAACAACCAGGAAACAAACAAGACCAGAGACUGCAAUCAAAUGUAACGACAUCUUCAAACCCUUAACUGGACAAGACAAACUUAUCAGAACUGUGCUGACAAAGGGAAUCGCUGGCAUUGGAAAAACAGUCUCUGUGCAGAAGUUCAUUCUGGACUGGGCUGAAAGAAAAGCAAAUCAGGAUGUCCAAUUUGUAUUUUCAUUCCCUUUCCGGGAGCUGAAUUUGAUGAAAGAGGACAAACACACUUUGGUUGAUCUUCUUAAUCACUUCUCAAUGGAAACGAAACAAUCAAGAAUCUCCAACUAUGACAAGUACAAAGUUCUGUUCAUCUUUGAUGGUCUGGAUGAGUGCCGACUGCCCCUAGACUUCCAGAAGAACAAGAUCUGUUGGGACGUCACAGAGUCAACCUCAGUGGAUGUUCUGCUGACAAAUCUCAUCAAGGGAAAUCUGCUUCCCUCUGCUCUCAUCUGGAUAACUACCCGACCUGCAGCAGCCAAUAAGAUCCCUUCAGGGUGUGUUGACCAGGUGACAGAGGUACGAGGGUUCAAUGACCCACAGAAGGAGGAGUACUUGAGGAAGAGAUUGAGUGAUGAGGACCUGGCCAGCAGAAUCAUCUCACACAUUAAGACAUCAAGGAGCCUCCACAUCAUGUGCCAUAUUCCAGUCUUCUGUUGGAUUUCUGCAAUAGUCCUUGAACACAUGCUGAAACAUAAGAGAGAAGAGAUGCCCAAGACUCUGACUGAGAUGUACACACACCUUGUGGUGUUUCAUACCAAACAGAAGAAUGAAAAGUAUCUUGGGAAAGAAGAGACAGAUCCACACUGGAAUAAAGAGAGCAUUCUGUCACUGGGAAAACUGGCUUUUCAACAGCUUGUGAAGGGCAAUCUGAUUUUCUAUGAAGAAGACCUGAAAGAGGCUGGCAUUAAUGUCAAUGAAGCCUCAGUGUACUCAGGAUUGUGCACACAGCUCUUUAAAGAGGAAUGUGUGCUGUACCAGGACAAGGUGUACUGCUUUGUUCAUCUGAGCAUUCAGGAGUUUCUGGCUGCUGUAUAUGUGUUCCUCUCAUUCAUCAACAACAAUGAGAAUCUAAUGGACAAACUGCAAACAAAAGACGAGUCUUCAGUUACUGUCUACAAGAGUGCUGUGGAUAAAGCCUUACAAAGUGAGACGGGAAACCUGGACCUUUUCCUCCGCUUCCUUCUGGGCCUCUCACUGCAGUCCAAUCAGAAGCACUUACGAGGUCUACUGACAAAGACAAGAAGCAGCUCACAGAGCCAUGAAGAAACAGUCAAGUACAUCAAGGAGAAGAUCAGGGAGAAUCCCUCUCCAGAGAGGAGCAUCAAUCUGUUCCACUGUCUGAAUGAACUGAAUGACCAUUCUCUAGUGGAGGAGAUCCAAAGAUACCUGAGAUCAGGAAGUCUCUCAGAAGACAAACUGUCACCUGCACAGUGGUCAGCUCUGGUCUUUGUGUUGCUGACUUCAGAAAAGGAGCUGGAUGUGUUUGACCUGAAGAAAUACUCCAGAUCAGAGGAAGGUCUUCUGAGGCUGCUGCCAGUGGUCAAAGCCUCCAGAGCUGCUCUGCUGUCAGGCUGUGGAGUCACAGAGGAAGGCUGUGCUUCUCUGGUCUCAGUUCUCGGUUCAAACCCCUCACACCUGAGAGAGCUGGACCUGAGUAACAAUGACCUGAAGGAUUCAGGAGUGAAGCUGCUCUCUGAUGGACUGGGAAAUCCCCACUGUAAACUGGAGACUCUGAGGCUGUCAGGCUGUCUAGUCACAGAGGAAGGCUGUGCUUCUCUGGUCUCAGCUCUGAGGUCAAACCCCUCACACCUGAGAGAGCUGGAUCUGAGUAACAAUGACCUGAAGGAUUCAGGAGUGAAGCUGCUCUCUGCUGGACUGGGGAAUCCCCACUGUAAACUGGAGACUCUGAGGCUGUCAGGCUGUCUAGUCACAGAGGAAGGCUGUGCUUCUCUGGUCUCAGCUCUGGUGUCAAACCCCUCACACCUGAGAGAGCUGGAUCUGAGUAACAAUGACCUGAAGGAUUCAGGAGUGAAGCUGCUCUCUGAUGGACUGGGGAAUCCCCACUGUAAACUGGAGACUCUGAGGCUGUCAGGCUGUCUAGUCAAAGAGGAAGGCUGUGCUUCUCUGGUCUCAGCUCUGGAGUCAAACCCCUCACACCUGAGAGAGCUGGACCUGAGCUACAAUCACCCAGGAGACUCAGGAGUCAGACUGCUCUCUACUGGACUGGAGGAUCCACACUGCAGACUGGAGAAACUCAAUGUGGAACAUGGUGGAGAGAACAGAGUGAAACCUGGACUUAGAAAAUAUGCCUGUGAUCUCACACUGGACCCAAACACAGUAUUCAGAUACUGCUUUUUGUCCGAGGAGAACAGAAAGGUGACACAUAUGGGAAAGUACCAUCCGUAUCCUGAUCACCCAGAGAGAUUUGAGGAGUGUGGAGAGGUGCUGUGUAGAGAGGGUCUGACUGGGCGCUGUUACUGGGAGGCAGAGUGGAGUGGGGGAGAGGCUGAUAUAGGAGUGGCAUAUAAAGGAAUCAGCAGGAGAGGAAGUGGUAAUGACUGUUGGCUUGGAUGGAAUAACAAGUCCUGGAGUCUGAACUGCUCUGACAACAGUUACUCUGCCUGGCACAAUCAUUAUCCCACUACCAUAGACGUCCGCCCCUCCAGCUCCCACAGAGUAGGAGUGUAUCUGGACUGGCCAGCCGGCACUCUGUCCUUCUAUAGAGCCUCCUCUGACACACUGACCCACCUGAUCACAUUCACCUCCACAUUCACUGUGCCCCUCUAUCCAGGGUUUCAUCUUUUUGGUUGUGGGGUCUCAGCGUCCCUGAAAUAGCAGACUGGACACCGGAUGAUGAUAAACACACACACACACUCACACUGGACACACACACACACUGGACACACACACACACUGCACACACACACACACUCACACUGGACACACACACUGGACACAUACACACACUGGACACACACACACACUGGACACACACACACACUGCACACACACACUGGACACAUUUACACACUGGACACACACACACACACUGGACACACACACACACUGGACACACACACACACACACUGGACACACACACGCUGCAAGUUCUGUCAAUCACCCUGUCUCAGGAUUAGUUUCCAGAGCUUCCCAAGGCCUAGUAAAUUUAAACAGUCCUAUAUCUAAAUCAUAACUAAAUGUUUAUAAAUUGUCCAACCCAAUAUUCAGGAUAACAGUCCUUAGUGCUUACUUUAACUCAAAUUUGACCUUCUCAAUUCAAUACACAUAAUCCCUUUUAUAAGUAACAUUUAUACUAAAAACUUUUAGUACCUGUAACAUCUAUUUUAUCAUGCGCCCUUUUGCCUCUGUUUUUCUGUCAUGAGUAGCCCGGUAAUAAAAGGUCAUUACCCCAAUCCCCUUUAGUCUUUCUUCUCCCAGCCCGAUACAGUUCAUAGGUCAUCAGACACAGUUACCCUUCACUAUUCAGCCAGUAGGGCGAGUUUGAGUUUCACACACACUUGUUGUGGUGAUAAUCACAUUCCAUGAUAACUCCCUUAAUCUACUGGUGAUCUCUCAGACGAGUUUACAGAUUAUGUAGUUAUCAACAUAACCCUUGCAGAGAACCCUACUCCAAUAAACUAUUUGGAGUAACUGUUAUCCCUUGUUAACAUAUAUUUCCAUUUUAUAUUUUAUAUGCAGAAUGAACAAAGCACAUUUACCCAAAGACCAUAACCCCAGGGAACUGAUAAAUUCUCCUAUGAACCCAUGUUAAAUAAAAAUAAACCAAUUUGAAUAACUAGUCAAUUCAAGAAAUAAUAGAAUUUCAAAGUGAUGGUACACUUUGAAUAGAGACUGGUGUUUCUCAAUCAUUUUAUAAUUAACUCCCAUCUGUUCCAACAAUUUCUAGUGAAGUUGAUCAGUCUUCACAGGAAAUUCUUAGGGUUCAGGGCAUUUGACACCAUUAAAAUGUUUCCACUCUCUUUUCUUUAGAAACAACUUAAAUACAUUUUCAAAACAUUUACACCAAUUUGAAACUGAACUGAACAAAAACCCCUCCAAAGGAAAUCCACUCUCGCAUAUAGGCCAAGAAUACACAUGAGCUGGCCUCACUUAUCCAGAACUCCAGUUAUAGCCUUAUCUAGAUACUAAGACUUUAAAAGUGGCCGAAUAUCUCUAACUGCGUUCCUCAGUACCACGGUCUCCAAUGACAUUUUGACCAGAGAAAAUGUAGCCUUUUUUUCUGGAAAAGAAAUGUACAUUUCGUUAACAUUCACAAUGCUACCUCUUAUUCAACAAGCUAAUGAUAUUACUAAAAUCCCCUUACUUUUCCUGAGCAUGCGAUAAAAGUUUUAGCCAUGCACAGAACGCAUAGUUUCUUCCUGGUCGGUUAUCGGUAUCUUACCCGUAUUUCAAUGUGCUUUUCUUCUAACUAAUUUUACCACGUUUGCGAUUUCUCAUAUACGUUUAUUUUCCGUCUUUUGACGCUAAUAACAACUUCUCCACGUAUUUUAUCGCCACUGAAACUGUUGUUUCCGUGCAAAAUGAUUCCAAGUGGGGCUAUUUGUAUAUCACAUCGGUACCUUACUAGAAGUUCGGUAAAACGUAAUCUAGUAUGUAUUUUAUCACAUAUAAACUGUACUCUCUAUGAACCACUUAUUGAUCGAUCAGAUUCUAUACACAGCUUGGUGAAAAUUCCAUUCUGACUAACCUCAAAAUUAUUAGUUGUUGUUCUUUUGAAAAGGGUGCAAAGUCCUGUAUAUUGGCAUUCUCUGCUACCGCAUUCCAGUGUCAUCUUACACUCAUUUUCCCCCUUACUUGUUAUCUCCACUUCUGCAACUUCUUACGCUCAGAUAUUUUCUAUAGCUUUGUAAAGCACUUGCACGUUUGCAAGGGCAAGCAGAAUCAUAUCUGUCCCCCAUCGUAAUGUAUUUCUGAUGAUGGAAUGUUAAUUAACUUUCACUUAAUACCUCCUAUUAAAACCUACUCUAUCAUGUCUCCAACUAUAUUCUUGAAUACUACAAAAGCCUUAACCUCUUACACUUAUGGUGGCGCUAUUUCAUUUUUGGAAGAAAAACGUUCCCGUUUUAAACAAGAUAUUUUGUCACAAAAAGAUGCUCGACUAUGCAUAUAAUUGCUACUGUUCGAAAGAAAACACUCUGACGUGUCCAGAAAUACAAAUAUCUUCUCUGUGCGUGCCCUUUAACGUGAGCUUCAGGCAAAACCAAGAUGACUUGGCAUCCAGGAAAUGACAAGGAUUUUUGAGGCUCUGUCUUUCAUGAUCUCCUUAUAUGGCUGUGAACGCAAGAGGAAUGAGUCUGCCCUUUCUGUCGUUUCCCCAAGGUGUCUGCAGCAUUGUGACGUAUUUGUAGGCAGAUUGUUGGAAGAUUGACCAUAAGAGACCACAUUUACCACGUGUCCGCCCGGUGUCCU